GUGUGGUGCACAAUAACACGUCACAGCUCUGAGGGGGCUGUGCUGCCUCUGUCUUUCACUGAUUUCACUGGGAAAACCUGUUCUGCACUUCCUCCCCACCCCCAGAUGGAAGAAGGAAAAGUCGAUUUAGAGUUUUAGAUUAAAGCUUUUUGUAGUGUGUGGAAUAUUCAGUUUAAGGGAUAUCUAGAUUAUCUUGGUCAUUCUCUGUUUAUCUUGUCCUCUUGCUCCUUUUAGAGAAGAAAGUAAACCAUCACUGCAGUGUUCACAUUUCUUGCCAAAAUUUGCAACGCUUGUCCUGACCUUUUUAUAACACCUCUCUAUUUAUUCCUCUGGGGUUAUUUCUAGAUGUCCUUAACACCCCUUUUUUCACUCUGCUGAAAGCUCUUCUGUCCAGCUUAAAUGUAGUUUGCCUCCUCCUGAAGUGAGUUUUAAAUAGCACAAAUUCACUUGUGCUUGGCCACAUCCUGUUUAAAGAUGAGUCUUGCCUUAAGCUGCAGAAUUUAGAGUUUUGCUCCUCUUACUAGCAGAUUGCAAAAGCAUUUUUAUGGUGUUCUGAGUAAUAACUCCUCUGAUAAUUCUGCCUGGUAGCUCAAUCAGAACCUUUCAGUGCUGUCUGUGCUGCUAAAGCUCAGUGUCACACCAAUGUAGGAGUGACUUGCUAAACACUAACCUUUGGUAUAUAUUGUGAAGUUAACACUUGGCAUUACAGGAGCUGUUAGUUCAUCUUGGAUUAAAAAAAGUACUUGGAAUGUUUGGACUGAAAUUGUGUUGAAACUCCCCUGGUGGAGGCUGGACAAUGGCUGUUCUGGGAGCUGAAUGCAUUCUCACUGAUGUUCUUGCUUUUUCCACUCUCUGUACUAGUGCUCAACACAUAAUGAGUCUUAAUUUCUGUAGCAUAAAACCCCUGUGGGAGAAUUGUUAGAGUUAAUUCCAUGGCUUAUCAGCAAAUCCUGAAUGUCUCUUACAAAAGCAAGAAUAAUCUGUUCCUUAAAUUCAAACAGUAAAGCUUAGCUUUUCUCAGAUACUGUAAUUUCCCUUUGAAUUAACAAAUUAUGCCCUAGAUGCCAAGAUGCUCAGCAGUGGUAAGUGGCUGUUAAUCCAGAGGUGAACUGUGCACUGGCUCACAGGCAGCUAAGCUUGCCAGACAGCCAGUUGUCAGUGAAAGGGCUUGUCCUACUUCUCCCAAGGCUACAUUCCCCUUUUCCCUCUCACCAGCACUUGUGGCAUUGAACUGGGAAGCUGAAAUGGCAGGAGAAAAAUUUGAGGAUUUUUUUUUUCCACUUGGUUCAGUUAUCUCCAUGUUCAGGUGGAGUGAGGCAGUACUGGGGGUGAGAUUGCUGGUAAAAGGCUGCUCUGAGCUGUAAGGAAUUGCAGUGAGGGGACACUAACACCAGCCCAGUGCUACUAACUCAGUAAUUUACAUACUCAGAAAUUAAGCUGAUUUUUAGUGAUUUUGUUAAAGUAUUACUUGGCAACCCCUUCAGUGGAGCCACCAAGUACUGAAAAUAGCAGUGUCUGGGGCCUGCAGAGAGUGUUUAGGAUUGUCUCUCCUUUGUAAUCCCUUCCUAAGAGGGAGCAGAUCUCAGGCAACUUUCCUAGUGUCUGUAAUAAUCUGUAGGAAUAAAUCCUUAGGAAUGUGGGUGCUUGGUAUUUCUGCUGUUCAAAAAAAAAAAAGAUUCCUGAACAAAAAUGCAAGGAGACUAUUGAGUCAUUGCACAGCAGUGAGAGGGCUGCAGGGAGAGCCAGACUGGGGGAGUUCAUUUCAUUUUCCAAGAUAAAUGCUGAUCUGUCUUGUCCAGAUAAUUCUGAUAUAGAAUCACAGAACCAUUUGGGUUGGAAGGGACCUUAAAGCCCUUCUUGUUCUGCCCCUUGCCAUGGAGCUUCCACUCUCCCAGGUUGCUCCAAGCCCUGUCCAGGGAUCCAGGGGCAGCCACAGCUGCUCUGGGCACCCUGUGCUGGGCCUGCCCACCCUCACAGGGAGGAAUUUCUCCCUAAUUUCCAGCUUACAUUUCAAUUUGAGCCCAUUAUUUCUUGUCCUCAAUAUCCUAUUUUGCAGAAAAUGGAAGGGAGAAGAGAACAUUUCAUUGUUACUCUGAACUUUGUCAGUUAGAUUAAAAAAAAACUGAAUUUGGAAAUAUUCUCUAGAACUUUGUCAUGGCAAUGCACUGAUUGUUUAUCAUUAUAAGCCAAGUAGCCUGUUCUGGUUAGGCUGAGGAAAAAUUUUCCCAUUAAGAAUGAUAGUAAAAUGCAAUAAAUUACUAAAAGUACCAUUUUAAAGGUCUCAUUAAUAAAUAGCCUUUUGGAAAAGGGAAUUGGUACAAAGCACACUUCAGAAGGGAAGAGCAUUGAGAAAUCUUCCUGCAAUUAAAAACCUAAUUAAUAUUGCUGGCAAUAGUGGGUCAGAGCCCUCUUCCUGCCUUUGGAAAUAAAUGGGAAAGCCUGUUCCCAGUUUUUUACAGUAUUUGUAGGCUCUGGGCUAAUGAAUGUGAUGGGUUUGCUGUCCCUAUGAUUUUGGGGUGGGAUCUCUUGGAGUGAAUGUAUCAAAGCUGGUGAAAGAAAGUGAUUUUGUUUUUCUCUGUGAAUUGAGCACCCUUUUCCAGGAAUGGUCAGUGGUGUCCCAGGCUGCUGGAGGAAUUUGUUCUCCCAGAACAAAGCAAUCCCUUAAAAGUGUUCAAGAUAUUUGGGAUAUGCCUUACCAGAAGCUGUAGACCAAUAAUGCUGUGCAGCUCAGGAGGGUUUCUGUCUAGAUGAGCAAUGUGCUGUUCCUCACCACAAUCAGAACUUCACUGAUCCAAGAAUACACAGGAAAAACCUUUGUGCCUGGACAGAAUAUACCUGCAAAAAUUCCCAACUCAUGUCCGUUUAUUGGACUUGAAAUACCUGUAAUUGUACCAUGGUUUAUACACUUUUAUCAAAACAGAGUGGACUUUCAGCAAAUUUGAAACUGUUGGAGGUUGGGACCAAAUGAAUCACUUUAUUGCCUCUCUUUUGGUCAGGCCUUUAUGGGUUUGAAAAUUUCAGUCUCCCUUUAGAAAAAGGGGGGGUUGAGCAGAGCUUUGAUUAAGGGAUCCCUGGAUCUUCUUGUGCAUCUUUGGUUGUUAAACUUAAAGGAGCAUUUAAAUCUAUCUUUGCCUUCCUAAUCCCAUUAGAGGGGGAAGUGGCAACACAAAGCCCCUCUGGCAUAUGUCAGUGACUUGGCUGCCAGCACAGAACCAGCUGUUCUUCUUUAAAAUAGUUUUAUUUAGCAUUUUCUUGUCUUUCCUCAUGAUGUUUCACUUCUUCCAAGGAGACAGGACAUGUGGAGAGCAGUUGAUGCAAAGCCCAGAGCAGAAAAAGCCCUGCAGUUUUUUAAUGUUGUGAGUUUAAUGCUGCCACCUCCAUCAGUGGAUUUGGAUUUGGGUGUGUUGUGCUCAGUGCAGGGUGUGUUUCAGGUCCCAUUUCUUAGCUGGACAUAUCAAACUGCAAUUUUCCCAUGUGUGCCACUUUAUCUGUGUGAAUCUUAAAGGAAGUGGACUCAGGGUGCAGCUUUGGAGCCACACAGUGCUGCUGCUGUGCAGGGCCAAACCCAGGGUGCUAUUCAUUGAGUCCCACUGCUGGAGCUCUCCUGUUUCUUGUCAUUUAUUCCACCUUUAGGUAAAAAUUACUUGAGUGAUUUACACCCAGAUCCUCUAAUUGUGAGAUCAUUUGAUGCCUGUUAAGAUUCUCUUCCUAUAGUUGUGGUGUGGUUGUUCUCUUCCUUUCCCUCUGGAUCUCCUGGCUCCUUUGGCUUGGCUUUCUUUCCCCACAGGCUGUUUCUGAAGCUUAUUUGAGUUUGCUGUGUGCAGGGGUUUCAAUUUGAGUGCAGCUCCAGGAGCUGUGGGUGCCCAGGGCUGAUGUGUGUGCUCUGAGGUUGCUUAGCACUGGAGCAGCCAUGGGCUGCAGCUUUUCUGACUUGUCUGGAGCCCAUUGGAUGUGUGCACUCGUGUUUAAUGGCCAGUGUUAAAUUCCCUCUGUGUGUGCCAAGAGAACAGGUAAAUGUUAAAUGUCUUCUUGGAUCCUUCACCUGUGCUCCUCAUGGUUCUGUGGAAGGGGGAAAUGAGGUCAACUCCACUUCAAAACAGCAAAGAUGAGGCCUGGAAGAAGAUGUUCUCUAUUUGCUGCAUUUUUCAGCCUUUCCACAUCACUGUUUUUAUCCUUUCCUUACAAAUCCCCAGCACUUGUCUUCUUUCAUUUCUUUCUAGACCAAAGUUUUUUGUUCUGUAUCUUACAAACAACUUCUUGUUUGUAAGAAGUUUAUUCUUAGUAUUCCUCAGCAAGUUUCCUCGACCUCACAGUGAAACCCAGGAGGGAGGAAAGCUGUAAACCAAGAUGUGUGUCUCAUUCAGUGAGUGACAAAGAUCAGAAAUUCUCUUCUGACUCAUUCAUCCAACUGUUGACAUGGCUUAAAAAAGCCUGAAGUGGCAGCCUUCAGGAGGCAGAGUACAGCUGCACUUAAAUGCACUUGAUUAAGUUCCUGAGGGUGACCAAGCAGUACCUGCCCCACGUGGCCCGGCUGUGCCUGAUCAGCACCUUCCUGGAGGAUGGCAUCCGCAUGUGGUUCCAGUGGAGCGAGCAGAGGGACUACAUCGAUGGCACGUGGAACUGUGGCUACUUCCUGGCCUCCAUCUUUGUCAUCAUAAACCUCUUUGGGCAGCUGAGUGGCUGUAUCCUGGUGCUGAGUAGGAACUUUGUGCAAUAUGCCUGCUUUGGACUGUUUGGAAUUAUAGCAUUACAGACUAUUGCAUACAGCAUUCUAUGGGACCUGAAGUUCUUGAUGAGGAAUCUUGCCCUUGGGGGAGGCUUGCUGCUGCUUCUGGCCGAGUCCCGCUCGGAGGGGAAGAGCAUGUUUGCUGGUGUCCCCACCAUGAGGGAGAGCUCCCCAAAGCAGUACAUGCAGCUGGGGGGACGUGUGCUGCUUGUCCUCAUGUUCAUGACACUGCUACACUUUGACAUGAACUUCUUUUCUAUUCUGCAGAACAUUGUGGGCACAGCCCUGAUUAUCUUGGUGGCAAUUGGCUUCAAGACUAAGCUGGCUGCCUUGACUCUGGUCAUCUGGCUCUUUGGCAUCAACAUCUACUUCAAUGCCUUCUGGACCGUCCCUGCCUACAAGCCCAUGCACGACUUCCUCAAAUACGAUUUCUUCCAGACCAUGUCUGUCAUUGGAGGGCUCCUCCUUGUGGUUGCACUGGGUCCUGGUGGAGUCUCCAUGGAUGAGAAGAAAAAAGAGUGGUAACAGGAAUAGCAACACUUCUUGGGACAUACUGUACUAAGUCCAGAACUGAUUCUCUAUGGAUUCAACAAAAACUGCCAGCAUUUUACACGUACAUGCCCCCUUCCUAUAAAAGGCACAGAUGUUUUGAAUUUGAUUUACUGUGGCACCAGUAAUACAAUAGAUAAAAUCCUGUUUCUUCAAGGAAUGUUGCCUAGGCUUAUUCUAACUUCCUAGAUUUGGAACUAACCCAAGGAACCUGCAUUUUGCUGAUGCUUCAGUGAAUUGCAGUAGAACAGUUGCUGUCUGGAAUGUCAGCAAUGUCUUAAAAUUUGCAGAAAGGUGAGCAGACACAGCUGGAUCAUUCAGUGUGGUGUUGGGUUGUAGCUAUAACUAAAAAAGUGGAUCCCCUUUCUUGCCCUUAUCAAAACUGUCCUGUGCUUAAGGAGUUCCAUGGCUGGUUAUAGCAUUGCUUAUCAAGGUGGAAAGCAGCAUCGAAGAAAACCUAGAAAAUCACUGUUAUUUUGCUGCUCAGAGGCCUGUAAUUCCCUUUUGUUCAGCAGGGAAGGGUCUUUCCUGCUCCUGAACAGAAGGCAAAAAAGAAAACCCUGGAAGUAGUUGUAUUCCUUUCUGGGUAAGAAAAGGGAGAGGAUUUUCUAACAUGUCCCAGUUCUGCCCUUGAGGGGAACAAGGGGAAAUCCUGUAUUGUUAAUCAUGAAUCCUGUAUUGCUAAUCAGAUUUAAAGGAAGUGGGGGAGAUAAUCCUGAAGAGACAGAACAUUAGAUUCUGUGAAAUUUCUGUGCCAAAAGAAUUCUUUAUUCUACAUUCUUUCCCCAAAAGUUGCCCCUCCUGAAUUCCCAAGAAGGGAGCCAAAUUGUGCUGCAGGUUCCAUAAUAAAAGCUCCUUUCUGCUAUUAACCAGCUUCCAUCCAUAUAUACCCCAAAUUCAUAUUUGAAUUGCAGGUUAAUGGUGAAAAUGUCUUGAGAAUUACAGAAACUCCCCUUUUCUGUGCACUCAGUUCUUGCCAGAUGAGAGCAGUCAAUCUCCUAAUCUGUAGUCUUUGCUUCUUAGAUUCACUUCUGGCAGUCUCUUGGCUGUGAGAGUCCCAGCUGAAUGAAGAGCUGGGCUGCUGAGCUCUCCAGGACAGCCCCUCCUCCUCUGCCACCUCAGAGCACCCUGAGCUGUGCAGGGUGGAAGGGUGGAAGUGGCCCCUGUUCCCAACUCUGCAAACGGUUAUAGCUGAGCAAUGUGAGUGCAAAGCCUGGGCAGUGAAGAAACAGCCAGGGGUGAACCUUCCCUGGGGGGAGCUUGGGAGGGUGAGGAGAGGAAGGCCCUGUUUGGCUUCUCAGUGCCACAACCUCUGUGCCAUGACCAUGCUUAGUGCUGCUCAGGGGAGGCUUUUUGUCCUCUCUUAGUCAACUAGGUGUGAACCUGUUUCACUAGAUUGUGGAGGAAUUCUAGACAGCAUGAGCCCUACCAACUUCCUGCCAUUACACUGAUUCCUUGCUCUGUUGCCUCCCCUGAGGAAGAUGCUCAGCUCUUUGUUCAAGGAGGAAUUCAGCUGAACAUCUCCAGUGGGAGCUGUUCCCCAGGCUCUCCUGAUAAGGACACUCACCUGGACAGUUCAGUUAAACAGUUGUUUUUUAAGAGAGAAAACUGGGCUGAAAGAACUAAUGAAAAAUAGAAGAGCACUGUUGAAAGUUAAACCAGUGAUUUCAUCAUCCUAAGGGGAUAAUAGCCUCUGUAAGGGCAAGAUGUGCUGCUGCUGGAGGAAACCAGUUGCUAUCCCAGAAUAGUUAGGGUUGGAAGGGACCUCUGGAGAUCAUUAGUCCAACCCCCAUCUCCAGAUUGAUGGGAGGGGAAUUCAGCAUUAAGGUCAGGUCACUGAUGGCUUUUUUUCCAAGGAAGUUUUGCAAGAGAAGUCUUCAGCUCAAAGUGUUUUGUCUUCCUGACUCUUCCUGGCUAAACAAACUGGUCCUUUCAGUCCCAGAUCUGCAGCACAGGAGAUUUUCACUGUUCCACUGCAGGUCUUACAACGGUUCUAGACUGAUCAAGGCAGCCACUCUCAGAUACCUGAACUGCUGUUGAUGUUCAUAGUAUUUAUAAAUGACACAAACUACUCCUGCCAUAGCCCCUUGUCUUUCUCAACUUCCUUGUGUCCUGUCUAACUAAGGAGCUGGAUGACAGACUAGUCUGAAAUAUUGACCAGUUUCCUCUGCAAAAAUCAAGUCCCCUUUCCAACAAAAGACCCUAGAAAAGGAACUGUUGCUGUCCCCUUCAGUAUUCCAGGGGCACAGUUAGGUGGAGGGCAUUAUCAGAUACUUCUAGGCAGCACAAUGUGCAGACUUAACUGUGAGUCCUGAUGCAGAAGAUUCUGGUUUUCCUACAUACACUGCUGUACUUGUGCAUCUCCCAGAAAUUCAGUGACCUCUCCCUGUGGCUGAGAAGCUCUCACAAGCAGGAUGUCAGCUACCAAUUGGCUCUGCAAAGUGUUCUGGAAUUCAUUCUAAAUAUAUUUUUGCUUUCUAUGUGGAAAAAAAAAAAGAAAUAAGUAUAAAUUCUCAUUUUAUGCUGUAUUUUGUACCUUAGUUGUGUUUGAAAAUGUUUUGAUUUUUGAAAACAAUCAAAAUAAAACAAUGGCAUCUUUGUAUCCA